CAUGGCUCCCUCGAAUGACUCCCAUCCCGCGACCAGGGCUUUACACGCCGACGACCCCCUCAAUCUCGUCACCGACGUGGCACCCCCAAUCCAUUUAUCCACCACCUUUCGCUUUCCUAGCCACCCCGAUCAAUUGGUCCCCAGUGAAGACCCAGUGGAUGAAUUUGACGGAAAAAAUUAUGUCUACGCUCGCGAGUUUGCCCCCAACGCCACCCGCUUCGAGCGCAUCCUCUCCUCGCUGCUCAAUGGACAUGCCGUCAGCUACGCAUCUGGCCUAGCUGCCCUUCAUGCGGCCUUGGUGCUGCUGAAUCCACGACGUGUGUCAGUGGGAGACGGGUACCAUGGCAGCCACGAGGUCAUCGGUGUGCUGUCCCGUCUGUCAGGCUUGAAGAAGCUGGCCCUCGACUGUCCGGCGGAGGAGCUAAGCGAGGGGGAUGUUAUUCUGCUGGAGACGCCCGUUAACCCAUUUGGGACCGCGUUCAGUAUCGAAGAAUACGCCGCCAAGGCCCACAGUCGCGGCGCGUAUCUCAUGGUCGACAGCACGUUUGGCCCGCCCGGCUUGCAGGAACCGUUCCAGUGGGGCGCGGAUCUCGUCAUGCACUCCGGGUCUAAGUACUUCGGAGGCCAUUCCGAUUUGCUGUGCGGAGUCCUAGUAACCAAGCGCGCGGACUGGCUGAAGCAGCUGUUUGAGGACCGCCUGGCGCUGGGCAACGUCAUUGGCAAUAUGGAGGGAUGGCUGGGCGUGCGCAGUCUGCGUACGCUAGAUUUGCGUGUCCAACGCGCCAGCCAGAGUGCUGAGAAGCUGGUUGCGUGGCUUCAGGCUGGUUUGGAAGCAGCAAACCCAGCGCCAGGGAGUGAGAAGAAGGCGGUGCAAGAUAUCGUGCAGACCAUCUACCACGCCAGCUUACAGGACGAACCGUGGUUAAAACGACAGAUGCCGAAUGGUUUCGGCCCAGUGUUUUCCAUCAUCCUGCGGGGGGAGGAGCUGGCCCGGAACCUACCCAGUCGGCUUCAUUUCUUCCAGCAUGCAACCAGUCUAGGGGGUGUGGAAUCGCUUAUUGAGUGGCGCGCCUUGUCAGACUCGCGGGUUGAUCGGAGUCUAUUAAGAAUCAGCGUGGGACUGGAGGAUUGGGAUGACCUCAAGGGUGAUCUUCUUCAGGCGUUCAGGACUCUUGGUACCAGCCACGCGCAAUGAAAAUUCACUUCCCCAUUUCGCAAAAGGGCCCGAUCUGUGCUUAAAAACCAUAUAUGGGAUAUGUUGGAACGCCGGCUCGUGCGCCGUCCUGCCGGAUGGAAGGGGAAUGUAGUCUUGAUGAGAACCGUCAACGACCACAUGAGUACAUCUAUGCUAGCAGUAUGAUUUUGAAUACGUCGAAGUAUCAACAGUCCAAGCCGGUUGGGUAGAUCGGUGCGCUUAGAGCAAGAGCCACCAAGGAAAGUUCGAGUCACAACAGGUUAGUCGUUGGAUAUUAGCCAUCAAAGGUAAUAUUAUUGUCGAAGCCAGCGUGUACCAUCUACCUAGUGCCGGUAGGAGCGAUAGGCCCCAGAUAUUAAGGGUAGUUCGUGCUAUCUUGUUCUGGCCUCAUUUCUUCUCAUUUACCGCUGCUAAGUGAC